AUGAAUUUUGUCAUUGUGGAUGGCAGCUGGCCUGUUGCUCCAUGCGUGCUUCCACGCUCACGUCUGCUCGCACACGCAGUGAAGGAUGCCAGCGACGGUGGCGACAGCGCCCGUUUGGUGAUUCAGGGACGAACACUGCUGACGUUGUGCCAGCAGCUGGUCGACGCCGUCGCUGUGAAGACGAAGUCUGCUCUUGACCUCACAACGCUAGCUCUUGCGGUGCUGCGUGACCUACACGAUGACCCACUCAGUGCCGUCUGUCUGGUGACGCCGAAGUGUGUUCAUCAUCAUAUGUUCGCGCUCGAGGAUCUUGUGGGGUCUGCACGCCUGGUCGUCUUCACCUCGCGCUGGGAAUCUCUCAGCUCCGCGGCCGCACUCUCUAGAGCUAAAACAGCACGCAAAAAACGUGAGGAGUCACCUAGCGCAACGCGGCGCCGCGUGGAGAAGAGUGGUAGCGACAGCCGUGAGGUGUCAGGGUCGCGGCCCUCGCCUCUUCCAGGACGGGGCACUACUGGCAUGCAGAAGUCAACGCGGGCGGAGACAUACUUCACUAAAGUGGGCUUGGCGACGCAGAGUGACCUGGAUGCGGUAAAUCGGCUUCUGUUGGCGGGUACAAUCCAGUUAGAUCCCCGCAUGGAGUCCUUCCUUUGCACUGUGUGUGGAAGGCUGCCGCGACAGACUGUGACAGCGUCCUGUUGUGGCGCUGUGCUGUGCGCGGGGUGUGCGCCGAUGCCGCUGAAUUCGUCGCUCUCGUCGGUCCUCAGCGAGCGAUCCGUCUGCGGUGUGUGUGGUGAGACGCCUCUCACAGCCCCCGAGACUCAGACAAGCCGCGAUGCGGAGGUGAUGCGGCUGGUGCGUGAGCUUCGUGUGCUGUACCACCCGCAGCUGAGCGCUGCUGCGUGUCACGACUUGCCGGAAAAGGAGCCUUCACGGGUGCCGUUCGUGCUGCAACAUGCGGGCGUGCCGCCCCCGCUGUGUGACAUGAGUGGCCAAAGUAGCAAGCCGGUUCUCGGGCCCAUUUUUCCUAGUCCGUCCUAG